UAAAUCUUUAAAAAAAAUAGUAACUCUUUUAUCUUUAAUAACUAACUCUCUUAUUGUGAUUUUUCAGCUCCCACAAUUUAUCCACUGGAAAUAUAUAGCCAACUCCGUGCAGUAGACAAUCUUCAAAAGUUAGGAAUUGAUGAUAGAUAUUUCAAAACAGAAAUAGAUACUAUUUUGGAUAAUAUAUAUGGAUUAUGGAUGCAAAGAGAUGAAGAGAUAUAUUUAGAUGUGAAUUGUUGUGCUUUGGGAUUUCGUCUACUACGAUUGAAAGGAUACAAUGUCUCUUCUGAUGCACUAAAACAAUUCUCUGAAGAAGAAUAUUUUUUCAAUUCAGUGAGUCCACAAUUCAAAAAUAUAAACACAAUUUUGGAAUUAUAUAAGGCCUCAAAGAUAAUGAUAUACGAAAAUGAACCAAUUCUUGAGAAGUUAGAAGUUUGGACAAGUUCAUUUUUAAAGAAACAACUACUGACGGGCGCCAUUAAAGAUUCUACGCUACGUGUUGAAGUUGGUCAUGCUUUGAGAUAUGGUUAUGACAGUUUAAAGUUUCUUGAGAUGAGGUGGGAAAUGGAGCACCAGAAAACUUGUAGUGUUCAACUUCUGAAAACAUGUUAUGGCAUUCUUGAUGACCAUAAUAUCGAGUUAUUGGCGCUCGCAAUCCAACAAUAUAACAUGUGCCAAUCAUUAUAUCAAAAAGAAUACCAAGAUCUUGAGAGAUGGGUUAAGAUUUGCAGAUUCGAGGAACUCAAUUUUGCAAGGGUUAUGCUACUUAAUUGCUACUACACCAACUCUGCAAUUCUUUGUGCUCCUGAAUUGGCAGAUGCUCGACUCUCCAUUACCAAAAAUUGUGUUCUAGCUACUGUUGUUGACGACUUUUUUGAUGUUGUUGGCUCUAAUGAAGAAUUGGAAAAUUUAGUUCAAUUAGUCCAGAGAUGGGGAGAAACUUCAACUAUUGGAUACUGCUCGAAGCAAGUUGAGAUUAUCUUUUUAGCACUUGAAGGCAUGAUUAAAGAGCUUGACGAUAUUGCGUUCAAGCAUCACGGAAGAAGUAUUGAGCAUCACUUGGUCAAAAUAUGGCAUGACUUGCUCAAAUCUAUGAUGAAUGAAGCUGCAUGGGCUAGAGUGAACGCAACACCGUCGCUAGAUGAGUACAUGGAAAAUGCUUACAUAUCUUUAGCCUUAGGGCCAAUUUGUCACAUAACAACUUAUUUUCUUGGGGUAACCUUACCCGAAGAAAUAAUGACAGGACAACAAAUAAAUGAUUUAUUUAAGCAUGUUAGCCUAGUUGGACGACUUCUAAAUGAUCUCAAAUCUUUCAAGAGAGAACGCGAACAAGGUAAAUACAAUAGUGUAUCACUACGUGUAUUUCAUAGUCAAGAGACCAUAACAGAAGAAGAAGCUAUUGAAAGAACAAAAGGAGACAUUGAGAGGUAUAGAAGAGAAUUGUUACGGCUUUCUACGCAAAAGGAAGAAAACUUGCUUCCAAAACCUGUCAGGGAUUUUUUUUGGAACAAGAGCAAUGUAUUACAUUAUUUUUACAUGGACAAUGAUGGCUACUCAAAUCCUAAAAUUAAAAUGUCUAAUGAUGCAAAACUUAUAUUAUGGGAACCAAUUUCCCUUCCUUAAUCUAUUGACGGUUAGGUUUUUUAAAUAAUAUUGUCUUUCCAUUUUUAAGAGUUA